AUGUUUGAUACUAGGGCAGGCCAGCCUUCCCGGACUUUGGCCCAAAACCCUCGCCAGGAGACCAGUAAUGCCAUUCGAUCAGUGGGUCAGAGACGGUCAGGACCUCGAUCCCGAGCUGGUUGUGUCACUUGCAAGCAACGACGAGUUCGAUGUGACGAAUGCCACCCGGUUUGUGGCCACUGCUCCCGACUGCAGCUAAGGUGUCACUAUCAGCCUUAUGCAAAGAGAUCCAGAGCAUCAGGGCCUGGCUUGAGGGGUGACCGCAUUUCCAAUACUGCAACCCAUGACAUCGACCCUUUGGCAGGUCAGAAUACACUGCCAGCUAUAUCGGCUGGUGGUGUGAAUGCGAACUGGUUUACACCACCUCACCCCCCAAAAGUGGGCUAUGGAUCGAUCUCCACGCACUCGCCCGUUGUCGAACCCUGGUCUUAUGUGACAAACUUCAACGAUCUCGACCUGGCCGAGGAUGCCUCUGCUUCAUGGGCCUCCGAAUUUCUGUGUCUUUUCCCGGAAGGUCCAAACAUGCCUAUGUCAACUCCAUCUGCAAAUGAAAAUGGAGGUGUAACAUCCACUUCGGCGGCCGUACCUGUGCAGGAUAACGAGACCAACUCAGGGGAAGAGGUACCACCGACCACUGAACAUCUGAAGCAUCCUAGGGCAUCAAGCUUACAAGACUCCCCUCUGGUCCCGCUUCCAGAAAAUGGACGGGCAUCAACCACGAGCGCCUCGCCUCUGCAACAUAGCCUAUUUUGGUCGAACGAAGAUGCAGAACGCUGUUCUGAGUCAGGCAUCCCGUCGACCCACCUCUCAAGACAUUUCCUAAGAAUUGUUCAACCUCCAGCAGCCAUCCUAAUUGGCGGUGCAAAGCGCUGGCGACGGCUGCAGGAAUACCUUUGCAAAGUCAGCGAACAGAACCGUGCGGUGCAGAACGCCCUCUUUUGCGUGGUCGGACUGUUGUCAAUCGAUGAAACAGUCAAAGAACGAGGAAAUGCACGAGAAGAAUGGAUGGGACGGAUCCGUGAUCGCCAUCAGCAGGCUUGUGAUAAUGUCAGGACCACGUUGGCCGGACCCUUGGAACCGGAGUCAAAGGCCACCGAACAUUUGUUGGCAGCAAUAUUUCUGCUUGCUUGGUUCGAGGUGAUUCGUGAUAUGGAGGAUAGGAACUGCCUCUUCCCACGCGAUCUGGCUCAUUCGGUCAUCUCGAGCAGGAUGAUGUGGAGCAGGGUGUCGCAGGAGUUGCUCGCCUGGAUGAACACGCUGGAUAACAAAGCCGCACACCUUGGCGGCGACCACCUGCUAUCCCAGCAGACGAUUGAUGUCAUCAGUCACCACCAGACCCAGAUUACAUCUUCCGACGCCUUGGACGAUGGAGUGAGCCCUGUUCGUGGUCCAUCAGCUGGGUCGGAUGGGACACCUACCGAUUCGAGUAUCGGAAGCCCCUUCGAUAUCGAGUGCUCGCGGACUCAGCGGCUAGAAAUGAACAGUGUCAUUACCCAAAAAAGCCAAAUAAAGCAAGCAAUCCUGAACACCAUCCUCCAACCGGCCCUGCAAUGGUACCUGACCUCACAAUCUUACUGUCGGCGGAUCAGCGCGUACGACAUGUACCACCGCCGCCGAGCCAAUACGGACGACGAGUACGAGAUCAUCACGGCAUGCAAACAGCUCGAGUCAGAGCUGUGCGAACUCUGGAACUUCAGGCCCAGCGUGAUCUCCUUGACGGCUGAGCAGCUUAUGCAGGUGGUCCCUGCCGACCUUGCCACACGGCUCGAGGAGAUUUUCAGCGUUUACCUCGGGAGUUUCUGGACGCUGUUCGUCUACUUGCACCGCGUGAGUUGGUGGAGCCUGCCCCAUGGACUGCCACAUUCAGACCUCGUCUCUCGCGCAUUGGCCGAGAUGUGGCGUACCCUGCAGCGAGCCUAUGGAGAGGUCAUCGAGGGCACGACCAAGAAGAUUGUCCACCCUUCUCUGCUGUGGCCUCUAUUUCUGUUUGGAUGCGAGUGUGUCGACCUGGAUCAGCGCAAAUGGGCUGUUCAACAGCUGGAAGGUCUUGGGGAAGCGAAGCCUGUCCUCGAGGCCAGGGAGCUCGAAGACGACGUCGACACGCUUCUCCCAUUCCGCAUGAGUUCGGGCGCUACAAAGAACGCCAAGAGGGCUGCUAUACUACUGACCAAGUUGACCGAGGAGCAAGACCGGAAAAAGUGCAAAGUCGACGCACGCGAGCUGUCGAUACGACUUUUUGGGUGCCACUUUUCCCUUGUGUAG